AAGAAUCACCGUUGAAGUUACUCUUCGCCAGUUACUUCCCUUGUUUUCGUUCAGAAGCAAGUAUCUCUAUCCAAAAUGGCCUCAAUCAAGUUAAUUGUCUGCUUCGCCAUGGUAGCUGUUGCUAGCGGUAUGUACGUCAACAGUGGUAGCAGUGACUACAACAGUGGAAGUGGCUACAACAGCGGUAGCAACAGCUACGACAGCGGAAAGGGCUACAACAGCGGUAGCAGCAGCUACGACAGUGGAAAGGGCUACAACAGCGGUAGCAGCAGCUACGACAGUGGAAAGGGCUACAAUAGCGGAAGUGGAUACAACAGCGGCAGUGGAUACAACAGCGGUAGCAACUACAACAACAACGGCUACAACAACAACGGCUACAACAACGGCUACAACAACAACAACAAUGGAUACAACAACAACGGCUACAACAACAACGGAUAUAACAGCAACAGCUACAGCAACGGUUACAAAAAUGGCCCAGUAGGUAACAGCGAUCAAUACAGAGAUGGUCUUUACUUCAAUGGAGGUAACAACUACGGCUCAAACUACGGCUCAAACUACGGCUCAUCCAACUAUGGCUCAUCUAGCUACUCUGCCCCAUCCAACUAUGGCUCAUCUAGCUACUCUGCCCCAUCCAACUAUGGCUCAUCCAACUACGGCUCAUCUAGCUACUCUGCCCCAUCCAACUAUGGCUCAUCUAGCUACUCUGCCCCAUCCAACUAUGGCUCAUCUAGCUACUCUGCCCCAUCCAACUAUGGCUCAUCUAGCUACUCUGCCCCAUCCAACUAUGGCUCAUCUAGCUACUCUGUCCCAUCCAACUAUGGCUCAUCCAACUCUGGCUCUUAUGGAAAAGGCUCCGAUAACUACGUUUCAGGGUCAUCUUAUUAAGUGUAAAGAGGACGAUGGCAGCGGAUAUGCUGUUUCAGCGACGAUGAUUAUAGCGAUGCUAGUCAAAUUUUAUCUUUAUUUAUAAAAUAAAGUUUAUUAUUAGCAUUACCUUA